AUGCAGAAACUUUUCGUCGUGUCAAUUCUUAUUUUGAGUGUUUACAGUAUGCCAGUUGAUCAAGAAUUGGUUGGAGGAAGAUCUGUUCCACAUCCAAGUAAGUAUAAGGGGGUUCUCCAAGAGAAGUACACAGAAAUUAAUUAUGUGUGCAAUAGAGCAAACUUGAAUUUUUUCCGAUGAAAUACAACCUCUCUAACAAAGAAAAUAAUAUAAAAUUGGUAACUUUUGAAAAAGAUUAGCGUUAUCAUUUGUGAACUACAAAUAUUUGUUUUGUCGAAAAAGGCGACGAAAACUUUGUUUACUAUCAGCUUUCCUCUUUCUUAUCAAUCAAAAACCAAUGUCCAACAUUUACAGACAGUGCAGCUGGACAAGCUUUCGCUAAUAAGGAUUUGUCAGCUGAUGGCAAAACUGGAGGAAGAUCAGUGCCUCAUCCAAAUUCUGCUGCUGGCCAAGCUCUUUCAGCUGGAGCCACCGGUGGUUCUUCAGUUCCACAUCCAAACUCGGCUGCUGGACAAGCGUUGAGCGAGAAAACUGUUUUAGAGGGAGGAACUCAAGUUAAGCCAUGGCUUAAGAAUCAACCAAAUUUGGCUAACUUGAACAAAGAUGAAUAA